AUGGCACCCAAGAAGAAGGAAGCCUCUGCGGCAGACGUCCUGCAAGACGGCCCCGAAGAAGAGGAGGAAGCCGGUCCUGGCAAGGUGGUGAUCCAGAUCUCCGCCGACGGGGUCCAGAACCUCCCAAGGGAGCUGCAGACACUCCUUGGUUUCAGUGGCUUCUGCAAAGAGUUCCGGACUGGGGCUUCGUCCGAGUCCGGCUGGGAGUUUUCCAAGGAUGCCGUCAUCAGAUUGCAGAACCAGGACCUGUACAACGACAUUGUGCAGAGACCCUUGGUCCUCUCGGUUCGAGACGCCGCCGCCGAAAACGCCCUCAUAGGCUCCGCGGAGUUGAGCCUGGUCCCCUUGUUGCACAGCGUGACGGAGGUGACGGCCCAAGUGGAGCUCAAGCUGGAACCCGAGUACUACGCCAAGUGGUGGAAAGAUGACGAGGCAGACGACCCCAAGGCCAAGAAGGACAAAAAGGCCCCGCCGCCCACGGAAACGCCAAAGGAGCGCGAGCCGCUCUUCGAGGGCGAGACUCCGCCUGUGACGGUCCUUUCUGUGACCAUCCGGGCUGACAUGUUGAUAGGUCCCGAAGAGGACAGGGAUUGCUGGACAACGCUGACUAUGGAUGUGGCAGGCAUCUUCGCCCUUCCAGAAAGCCUGACGACACUCGGAGUUUCCAGUCCAGACGACUUUCAGGCGCAUCCCAUGAACUAUCAGGGCAUGCUGCUCGGGGAGUCACUGGGCGAGGGUGCUCUGACGAAAGCCGCCGAGGUUAAGCAAGAGGAGGAAGCGGAGGUGCCGUGGGAAGAGGAGCAACGGCGCUUUUCGCCAUCUCUUCGCUUUCGGAACGGGCAAAUGAUUCGGUACAGGGGGCGACGCUUCAUCGAGGAAUUCAGGAGCAUGCUGAGCAAUUCCGGUGGCGUCUUCAUGAACUUGGAGCUGGAGGAGAAGGCGCCGGCGGACCCCAAGAAGCCGAAUCCGCCAGAAGCAGCGGAACUGGCCAGGUCCUGCUCUGGCUGCGCCUGGCUGGAUCUGCGUAGCCUCAUCGCCCCCGGGGCUCUCCGAGUGGAGUCCACUUGCGCCCUCGAAGGCUCGGACUUGCUCCAGAGUGCCGGCACUUUCCUGAGCCUGUCGCUGGAGUUGAGUUUCGAUGUGACCCCAGCUGAGAGCGAGGACAUGAAGGUCCAUCCCAGCAGCCUGCUACCCCAUCGGAAAGAUAGUCCGAGCAAGUUUUCUGGGUCGGAUGGUGCAGCCACGUCUUUUCAUGAGGCUGUCCAAUGGGGCUGCGAGGCGAUCUUCAGAGACUGCCCGAAGCUUGGCAGCGUGGAAGAGGCCGUGGCACAGCUCAAAGAGGUCAACAGCUAUGAGGAUGUAAAGCAGCAUCUUCGGGAGUCGAUUAUCUGCGUGUUUCGAGAACGACUGCGCAAGGAGAGCUCUGCAGUCCCGGGACGGCCUUUGAGAGGAAAAGCAAGAGAAGACUUCAUCUCGAACGCGUAUUCCUAUUUGCAGCUGACUGCAGCAGAAGUGCUGGCCAAGCUGUACCCGGCGCCCGAUGCUAAAGAUGAAGCCGACAGGUUGGCAAGACUCGCAUACGAGGCGGAACUGGUCGGCAAGUGGGAUCGUGCUGCAGCUCUGUUGCAGAAUCGCUUCCUUCUCCCGGAGCUCGGCCUGCGCGAGGACCCUUCUGAGUGGGUGGCCUUCGCCAAGUUCUGUGCAAGGAGACGGGGCCGGCAGGCUGCGGCCGAGGAGGCCCUCUGCCAGGCGGCCAAGCUGAUGGGAUCUGGCAGAGAAGCGUCUCCCGAGCUCCAGCUCGAGGUGGAGCUCUUCCUCGGCUGCCUCGUUCUGGAGCGGGGCCGGUAUGAGGAGGCAAUUGCGACCUUUCAGGCGAAGCUCGACAAGGAUGUUGCGAAUCCAAUGUUUCGGUUCCUGCUGGGGCUUGCGCUCUUCGUGCGAUGCAGAUUUGAUGAGGGCCUUGCCUACCUCGAAUCUUCCGGAAAGCCUCGCGAAUGGUUCAAGGGCCUUCCUGAUGAAGCGGCCAUCGUCAACAAGCUCAAGGCCUUUCGGAAGACAGAUGGACCCCCCAAUCUUCUGCAGCUGGCGGGCUUCUUGGAGCAGCUCCUGAGCUUCGGGCUCCCGAGUCUGGUCUUCACCUUCCUAGAUCAAACUGGCUUGCUGCCUCAGGAGUGCCUGGCUAGCGAGAGCAUGGUGCUGAUUGAUGCCAAGGCCUUGGCUCUGGACCGUGACUGGCAUGGGGCCGUCGCACGCAUCCAGCCGCUGCUCUCGGAAGCUACCUACGAGGUGUGCAAGCUGGCCGGGGAAUGCUACGUUCAGCUGCAGGACUUUGACAAAGCGCUGCAGGUCUUGCAGGCAGCACUUGCCUUCGACGACAGGGACGAAGACCCAGCGCUGUACAUCAGAUUAGGCUCCGUGCUGCUCGUGAAGAAGCGUUGGAACCAGGCUCGCGACGCGUUCCUCCGAUCCAUCCAGGCCAAGUCGACGGCAGAGGCAUGGAGUGGCGUGGCCUACGCCGAGUUCCGCUCAGACCAACUGUCGAGCUGUUACGAGGCUCUCUGUGAGGCGAAUCUCCUCGACACCGAGCGAACGGACGUCUGGGCCCUCCUCUGCCUGGUACAUCUCCGAAAUGAGAACUGGGAUGCGGCGGAUCACGUGUGCAGGCAAUGUCUCAGCCUUGAGCCAGAGACGGAGCUGCUCCUGGAGGUCGCGACUGAGCUGCAGCGCAAGGAGAGGCAGAUGUCUUUGGCCGAGGCCUGCGCCAGACGAGCUUUGGAAAGCAAGGACACGGGCCAGGGCCACAGCGUGCUGGCGGACGUGCUGGCACAAAUGGGCAAGGCCGAGGCAUCGGUGCUGGAAGCGCAGGUGGCCCUGAAGAUGCUCGCAGAUCAGCCAGACCUGCGUAAGGUGAUUUUCUCCAAGGCCUUGAAGCUCUGCCAGGAGCUGGAGGACGCACCUUUGACAGAGGCCCUGCACGCCUGCCAAAAGCUGGCAGAUGAGCAGGCGAAGCAGCCGGCGGCAUAG